CAUAUAUCACCGGAAGAGCCGAGUAAGCGUGUUUAACUCGUACUCAUGUACGGAGUAAAGCACACAUAAUCUCAAGAGGGUCCUAGACAAGUGACUGUAACACAGCAACUAGGAGCAUAUCGAAAAUGACGACAGCACUAACAUCAACAUCAUAUCAGACACCACUGCUACGGCUGCAGCAGACAUUAGACCAUAUCCAAGCACCAUCGGACCAGACAGAUGCGCACAAACUGUCUAUCGUUCAUGGCCCAAUUGAUACCCUUCUAUGGGAUAUGACACUCGGCGAGCUGUUGUCCUUCCAAUGCCUGCGAUACCGGGAUUCCGAAUGUCUUGUCUGCCCUUGGACGGGUGCUAGGUGGACGUACGGACAUUUAGAAGAUGAGAGCAACCAGCUUGCGCGUGGACUGCUAGCCAAGGGAAUCAAACGUGGAGAUCGCAUCGGUGUGAUGGCCGGCAAUUGCGAACAAUACGUUUCUUUGUUUUUUGCGGCGGCCCGGGUGGGGGCGAUUCUGGUUGUUAUCAAUAACACCUAUACCUGCCCAGAAUUGAUGUAUGCGCUCAAGCAUGUCGGAUGCAAAUUACUGUUUAUUGUACCGCGAAUCGGGCGACAUAGCCUCCUCGAUGCACUGAGCAACCUGAAAACACCACUUGGGCGUUCAAACGACCUUCCCGAGCUUCAGCAAACAAUAAUGAUACGGGGCCGAUAUCGAGAUUUUGAAAUAUAUGACGACGUGAAAUAUGCAGGUCGAUCUGUCCCAAUGAAUGCCGUUCAGCGCCGGCAAGAGGAACUUUCGCCGUCAGACGUUUGCAAUCUUCAGUUCACAAGUGGCUCCACGGGAAAUCCGAAAGCAGCUAUGUUAUCUCAUUAUAACCUGGUUAAUAACUCUCGAUUUAUUGGAGAUCGUAUGGACUUCACGCAGUCAGAUGUCCUGUGUUGUCCACCGCCCUUAUUCCAUUGUUUCGGCCUAGUGCUCGGACUCCUUGCCUGUAUAACUCACGGGGCCAAGAUUGUAUAUCCAGGAGAGACCUUUGAUCCAGAAGCUGUUUUAAGAGCGAUUUCUGACGAGAAAUGCACUGGACUCCAUGGAGUUCCCACGAUGUUUGAGUCGAUCUUAUCACAUCCACGGCCUGAGGGAUUUGAUUGCACAUUCCUGAGAACUGGGAUAAUUGCAGGCGCACCGGUACCCCGGCCAUUGAUGCGGCGGUUAAUAGAUGAGCUUAAUAUGACGGAGUUUACCAGCAGCUACGGCCUAACCGAAGCUUCUCCGACGUGUUUUAACGCGAUCACCAGCGAUUCAAUCGAUCGACGUUUGACUACAGUUGGUAAGGUGAUGCCACAUGCAAGCGCAAAGAUUAUUAAUCCGCAGACGGGCAAAACCGUUCGAAUUGGUGAACGAGGAGAGCUUUGCAUGGCGGGCUAUCAAUUGUUCAGAGGAUAUUGGAACAACCCUAGUAAAACCGCAGAAUCCCUGAUUCGCGACGAGGAUGGGAGAGUGUGGCUAAGGACAGGGGAUGAGGCCGUCUUUGACAGUGAAGGGUACUGCACCAUCACAGGACGCUUCAAAGACAUUAUAAUUCGGGGCGGCGAAAAUAUAUAUCCCUUGGAGAUCGAGGAGCGGCUUGCGGCUCACCCAGCGAUCUCGCGGGCUGCGGUAGUGGGAAUGCCGGAUAGCCAUUAUGGCGAAGUUGUUGGAGCGUUCUUGUCUCUCGAGGAAGGCAGUUCUCCCCCAUCAGCCGAAGAAGUAAGGAACUGGACGAGGCAAACCCUUGGAAGACAUAAGGCUCCUAGGCAUGUCUUUGUAUUUGGGCACGAUCCCUGUCUUCCUCCCUUGAUGCCGCUGACGGGAAGUGGUAAAAUUCAGAAGCAAGUAUUGAGGGACUUGGGAAAGACUUUGGUAGCACAGAUAGACUAGAGGCGCAGAACAUUCCUUUUGAACAAUAUAAUGAUUUCGCGGAGUCUUCUCA